AUGGCCUAUGACCGCUACGUUGCCAUCUGCAAACCCCUGCACUACGGGACCCUCCUGGGCAGCAGAGCUUGUGUCCACAUGGCAGCAGCUGCCUGGGGCAGUGCUUUUAUUAAUUCACUCCUGCACACGGCCAGUACAUUUUCAGUGCCUCUCUUCCAGGGCAAUGCUCUCGACCAGUUCUUCUGUGAAAUCCCCCAAAUUUUAAAGCUUUCUUGCUCCGAUGCCUACCUCAGAGAAUUUGGACUUGUUUUGAUUAGUCUUUUUGGGGUCUCUCUUUGUUUUUUGUUCAUCAUGCUGUCCUAUGUGCAGAUCUUCAGGACUGUGCUGAGGAUCCCCUCUGAGCAGGGGCGGCACAGAGCCUUUGCCACGUCCCUCCUUCACCUGGCCGUGGUCUCUCUGUUUAUCAGCACUGGCAUGUUUGCCUACCUGAAGCCCUCCUCCAUCUCCUCCCCAUCCCUGGACCUGCUGGUGGCAAUUUUGUAUUCAGUGGUGCCUCCAGCUGUGAACCCCCUCAUCUACAGCAUGAGGAACCAGGAGCUCAAGGAUUUCCUGUGGAAAGUGGCCCAAAUGACCCUCUUUCACUGA